CAGCUUAAAUGUGAUUUGGCCGCAAGAUCGUCCGAUCAGAUUGCUGCUCUGAAGGAUGAGUUGUUCGGAUCGAAAAUUCGUGAAGCAGAGGCUCUAACUCGGUUAGAGGAGUUUCGUUCUCGUCUGGUGGAAAUCGAGUCAGUGUGGCAGGAUCACUACACACGUUGCAAAACCAUCUGCCCUGUACAAGAAGCCAAACGUACAACGAUCAAACUUAGUCCCAUAGUAUCUUCCAACGUCAACGAUUAUCCGCGGAAGUUGUCUGACAUGGUCAUUGAAGCUCGUUACGCAGAUCAAGUGGCUACUUUGAAGCGCCAGGUGAACGAGUUAGCCAUUCAACGCGAAGUUGCCGAUCGCCGCGCAGACAGGCUUGACCAGCGUGUGACUGAAUUGGUCGAGGCCCGAGCUGCUGCAGAUUCACGAUGCCGGGAAUUGCAUUUGGAGUUGAAGCAAGCGGUUCAGAUGUGCGCCGACAUGGAAGCUAAGCGCAGAACUGAUGGCGUUAUGUUUCGGAGUAGGGAGAUGGAGCUCACCGCACAAUUAGCCGAAUGUCGACACCAUCAGAUUCAGAUGGAGUGCAAAUAUGAGGGGCUGCUAGCCACCAAAAGUCUUCAGUCCAAUGGCCCCAUGUCACCCCAGGAAGACGUUUGCUAUGAUGUCAACUUGAAGAGCAUCAAUUUGAAGCCCACCAGCAUGUCACGACAGAACCUUAUUGGGGUACAGACAGACUCGUAUCUGUGCGACGCAUCUGUGAUGGAGUCAGAAGACUCCAUCCCUCCGCACAGGUGCGAUCCAGCACGCUCGUCUGAAUGCCCGCUUCCUUCCUCCCCCGAUCGUCUCAACAAAGAUAUUACUGCUGUGUGGAAAGAUUUACCUCCGACCGUAAUGACAGAUUCCAUAGGUCCUCUAGAGGAUCUCUGUCUUAAUCCAGAUGACCCAUUUAUCACAAGCGUGUACAUAGGCACCGAAAACACAUAA